UCGGCCAGAGACGAUCGACCGACGCGGCUUGUCGUUUUCAGGCUUCAGUCGCGAACCGACCAUCGCGCAUCGAGCCUCGUGUCCGUGCUCGCAGUCGACCAAGCAAGGUUCCUGCUCCUUUCUACCAACCGAUCGAAGGCAGCCAGAGCCGCCAAGAGGUCCGACAGAGCCGGCAGAACCUGAAGGGAGCCAGACAGAACCCGAAGGGCGCCCGGCGUUUUCGACUUGCGAAUCCUGUUGGCCCGUUUCGGUGCGAUUAGGCCCGGAACUUGAACCCGCUCGCCGGCCGAAGAGCCACAGACACUGAUCCUGAAGUGCGUAAGAUGGUGACCAAGUGCGACGGUUUCGUUCUGAGCUGACGAGGUGUUCGUUUCGAGGUGAGGUCGGAAUUGGCUAACACGUUCGAAGGAAGAAGUGGGAGUAGCGGUUCAAUCGCUCAGGCAUUGAAGCUGUUGCAGCGAGGCCCAUAGCAAGAAACCAUGGAUCCCUAUUCGUUGAGUGUCGAGCGCGAGGCGUCGAAGAACAUCGAGGAGAACGAGCGCGAGUGCUUCAAGGAUGCGAUCGUGUCGAGUAGAAGUCUCAACAAGGGCUUCGUGGAGAAGACCAAGCUCAAGAACGCGAUACCGGAGAUCGCCGCCUGCAUCAUCGCCGCGUCUUUCCACAUACCGGUCGGCCUGUGCAUGGCCUAUUCCGCCAUUCUGAUUCCUCACCUGGAGGUCGAGGACGCGGAACUGCACGCCACUCAAGAACAAACUUCCUGGAUAGCCAGCGUGGUGGUAGUAUCCGCCCCAAUCGGCUCCAUGCUAGGCGGUUUCCUCAUGGAGAUAUUUGGAAGACUGAGAACCCUGCAACUGGGUGCUAUCCCUUGCGUUGCGGGCUGGAUCCUCAUCGCCCUUUCGACCAAUUUUCCCAUGCUGCUGUGCGGUCGCCUGCUGUCUGGCUUGGCCACCGCUCUGUCAACUUCACCGGCCAUCGUCUACAUCACCGAGGUCGCGCGGCCAGAGCUUAGAGGAUCAAUGAUAUCCUUCGGCCCGACCUUGGCCUCCUUCGGCAUGGUCCUCUCCUACUUGAAAGGUGCUUACAUGCACUGGCGAGUGGUAGCUUGGAUCAGCAUCAUCUAUGCUAUCGUACCCAUCCUUUUAGUACAAUUGUUUGUCCCUGAGUCGCCGGUGUGGCUCGUCUCGAAAGGACGCCUCGAAGAAGCGAAGAAAUCGGUGGAAUGGCUGUACAGGUACGAGACCAAACAGGGUCAGAAGGAUGCGGCGCAAGCGCAGUACUUGACCAUAGUGAAGGAGAACGAGAUCAAGAUGAGCGAGCAGAGGAAGAGCAAGCACGGUAGCGCGUUCCACAAGAUGCGAGGAUUCCUGAAACCAACGGGCUGGAAACCGAUGACCAUCCUCUUCUUGUUCUUCUCCUUCCAGCAAUUCUCCGGCAUCUACAUCACUCUCUUCUACGCCGUCACGUGGUUCCAAGAAGUCGGCUCAGGUGUGGACCCAUACAUAGCUUCGAUUCUAGUCGGCGUGACUCGUUUCUUGUGCUCGAUGGUGAACACUUGGCUUCUAAGACGAUACAAGCGGCGGCCGUUGUGUAUCAUCUCGGCCUUGGGCAUGACUAUCUGCAUGGGCGUUUCCGGCUAUUUCACUCUGAUGAUUAGAAACGGCGACCGUUCUGGCUAUUGGGUUCCUGUGUUCUGUCUGCUGAUGUACGUGUGCACCUCGAUGGUGGGCAUGCUGACCAUACCUUGGACCAUGACUGCAGAACUGUUCCCCACCGAGAUCCGAGGCAUUGCUCAUUCCAUCAGCUAUUCGAUAGCCAACUUGCUGAUGUUCGCUGCUCUCCAAAGUUACAGGAGCUUGCAGGACUUCCUGGGUGGAUCCUAUGCGGUGCAAUGGUUCUUCGCCGGCGUGUCCAUCGGUGCAGCCGUGUUCGUCUGGAUCCUCCUGCCGGAGACUCACGGCAAGAAGCUCUCCGAGAUCGAGGAGUACUUCCACAACAACUUCCUGGCGAUGGGGGCAGAGGCUAAAGCAAAGAAGGCUAAACAAAAGCGGAGACAGGGGAAGCUGCACGUGAAAUCGUCGGUCACGGAGCCGUUGAACCCCGCCAAAUCAAAAGGUCCGCAGAACGUAUAAAGAAAGGUCUUGAAUCGCACGGGCUGGGACCGCGACGAGCAAUUCCUGUAUCCGUGAUUUAGUAAUCGUAAGUAACAACUGGUUCGUUCGACACGUUGCACAGGGAUUGCGUUCUUUAGGUAGUCUCUGGAGAACGAAAGAGAGUUUUAUAAGCAACGCGCACCGAUCACCUCUGGUAUCUUUAACUAACGUCGAUGGUAGUCGUAUGGAGUCGUGGAUAGUGUUCGGAGAACGUGUUUUUUUUUUACGAAGCUGCGUAAUUUCGUACUUAAGCUUCCGCUUGCGCUUCAGUUAUCGUUUUGGCAUUGAUCGUCUUGUCAAGUUCGAGGGAGAUUCUUGAGAAUGAAACGGCGAUGAUGUUUUCAUUGUACGACAACGAAGAACCAGGCGAGAUGAUCGAUGAUGCAGUGUGAUGGAUUUUGUUCUGCCAGAAAGUGAAUGAGAGGGGAAAGCCGAGAAUGACUCUACACGCGACACACAAAACAGUAUUACAUGUUGAUCUGAUACAGUCUUCCGUGCAAUUGUCCACGGAUGGCCGUAGAAGAGACGGAUGAAGAUUCUUCGUGCACAACGUUGGCUACGCGACGCCUAAGUCACACCUUAAGCGUCGUCUCUAUGGUGAUUCGUCGUUCGCCGUUUAUCAGGCGGACAGAGCAUUCCUUCCUUGGAAAUCGAUUUAAACAACUUCGCUGUGAUCUAACAAUAUUCGCAAAGAAAAUCUUAUGAUAAGGUAUAUAUCGUACCGACCUGGGCAUGAUUUGCACUGGCUUAGUUUUAAACGAAGGUUCAUCGAAUGGCGCCGAAUCCCUCGGUUCGGCCAAUAGUGUUCUACGUGUAGUACAUUUCUAUGGAAGAUUUUACCGAACUAUUUUUAACGUAUAAGCGACACAGUCUUUAAUGUAAUGUAAUUAAUUAAUUAAGGUAUUAGUCUUCAUUUCGUAUUCCGAGUGCCCAGGUCCGGUAUCUUGUUUCGCCUUCGAAUGAUUUCGGUGCAAGAUGUCUGAAAAUGCGUGGUACUAGUUUGUUAUCGCGUCUGAAAAUAAUUUGUGGGAACGAUAGCUGCCCACUGAUACGUGUCAUGUAUAUUCAGGCAUCCUGUCAUGUGCACAGGUGCUAUGUUCAGUGAACAUCUACCUUCAUUUCUUCGGCUUACGGACUAGUUUCUUUCUAUUGCACCUAUCCAGUCGAGUAGGUACUUAAGAAUACGACCCUUUGUACAUCGUUUAUUCAUGUGUAAUACGUCUACAUUUACAAAACCAGCCAUUUUUUCGAUACUUUUGUAAUGUGUUGUAUACCAAAUAUUUGCGGUUGAUAGCAGUUCAACUGGACGCACAGUGUGCUUUUUACAAGUUAUGUACAAAAAAAGAAAAAAACGUAGAAUGUGGUCAUUAGACUGUGGAGGUGUAUAGAAAUCCUGGUCCCUUGGGGACUGGUUUAAUCAAAAAAUAGAAUAAAACUAUGUCUUGAGGAUGACAUCAAACUUUUUUGAAGUGUUCAAAUAUGCUGUGUUCACAUGUGUACAUAAACUGUACCACCAUGAAUUCCGCAGUCUAGUAAUUACACAUUGAGAUGCGAGGCAGACCUAACAUUGAACGUAUUUGUUUAUUUUUUUUGUUAAAGAAGAAGAAUAACUAUAACAGCUGAGAAUCUAGUUCCUAGGUCCACCGCAAAAAAUCUAAAAGAGCGCAAGAAGACAAUAAACACAAUCUGUAAUCUACAGAAUGUCCGGCACAAAUUUUCAAAAUGUUAGGUCCAUCUUAAUCUUCUGGAAAUCCUCGCGGGCAUUCUACCGCUGACUAAUCGAUUGUACUUUUAUUAGUUGUGAUAAUCUCGUAAUCGAUGGACCAGGUUAAACGAAGAUAAUCGAUAAAAAUAGUGGCCGGUCGCACUCACCUUGUCGGCGCGAGAUGACGUCGCCACCAGCAGAACUUCCGGUUCAUCUUUUCUUCAUCGACAUGGUCCACUUGUCCGUAAAUCGUUUAGGAAAAUUACAAGUCUAUGUGGUAAAUAAAUCCAACCAAAUUCUCGAUGAUCGCAUCAGGGCCACCUGGAAAGGAUGGGCUUACGAUUAUUCGUGCAUUAGGAGAACAGAUAACUGCUAGCUUAAUUUUCGAAAGACCGUCGGGGCAGCUACGCGUCGAGAUUUUUGGUUCGACAAGUGCCUUUCGUUUUUCAAACUGUUCGGUAAUUAUUCGUAAUAUAAGUGUGCGUGCUGUGCGAGCAGAGUAGCGAUUGUAAUUAACGUACAAUACUUUGUAUCGUGCUAUACGGCAUGCUUGUAUUCCUUAAGUAUACAUGUACGCAUGUACCUACGUCUAUAUGUGUAUACCAUUGUAAAAUUUCAUAAAAUGUUUCUAAUAAAAUUGUAUUUUUGGAAACCACAAA